GUCAGGGUAUAAAUAAGGAUUCAUAAUGUUGCCUUUACCCCAUUACACUACCUACUCUCAAUCUCCCGCAGCCGCCCCUAACCAAGUACCUAUACUUCACUUUUCGUUAUGUCUGGAAAAUCGGGAAAAUCCAAGUCUGGCAAGGCUUCUGGUGGCGACGCCAAGGGGCAGACACGUUCAUCCAGGGCUGGUCUUCAGUUCCCUGUCGGUCGUAUUCAUCGUUUGCUGAGGAAAGGCAACUAUGCUCGGCGUGUGGGUGCUGGGGCACCUGUAUACCUCGCUGCCGUUCUUGAAUACCUCGCUGCCGAAAUUCUUGAGUUGGCUGGCAAUGCUGCUCGCGAUAACAAGAAGGCUCGUAUUGUGCCUAGGCACCUACAGCUUGCCAUUCGUAAUGACGAAGAACUGGGAAAGCUUCUUGGCGAUGUUAUAAUAUCCCAAGGAGGUGUCGUGCCUCACAUCGAGGCAUCGCUGCUACCUGUGAAAUCCAACAAGUCCAACACAAGUCAAGAGGUUUAG